UGCCCGGGCCGAGGCGGCGGUCCGCACGGUGGAGAGGAUUUCCGUCAGGCAGUGCCGAGGGCACCCCAGAGGGGUGGGGCCACGAGGCGUCCCGGGUGCGGGAGGCCCCCCAGGUGACGGCGGAGCAGAAGUGGCGCCCCCCGGCAGUGGCUCUCAGGACUUCGGAGCACCCACGCGUUUGAGUGCAGUCAAACCCUCGUUCCUGUGGCAAUGCCCAAAGUGAAGAGGAGCAGGAAGCCUCCCCCGGAUGGCUGGGAGCUGAUUGAGCCAACGCUGGAUGAGCUGGAUCAGAAGAUGAGAGAAGCGGAGACUGAGCCUCAUGAAGGGAAGAGGAAAGUGGAAUCCCUUUGGCCCAUCUUCAGAAUUCAUCACCAAAAAACACGUUACAUCUUUGAUCUCUUCUACAAAAGAAAAGCUAUCAGCAGAGAGCUCUACGAGUACUGCAUCAAGGAAGGAUACGCUGACAAAAACCUGAUUGCGAAGUGGAAGAAACAGGGUUAUGAGAACCUCUGCUGCCUGCGGUGUAUCCAGACGCGGGACACCAACUUCGGAACCAACUGCAUCUGCAGGGUCCCCAAAAGCAAGCUGGAAGUGGGGAGAAUCAUUGAAUGCACUCACUGCGGAUGCAGAGGCUGUUCUGGGUGAAGCCUUUAGCUAUAAGACUACUUUUUGAACUCUGAGGGAUUUCAUCCUACACAAUGGACAGUUACAGCCACCUUCUGUGUGAUUGGAUAUUUCUGUAUAGCAAUUAAAACAGUAAUGUAUUCACCUGGAUCAUAUAUACAAAGGUGGUUGUGUUGGAGUAGGUUUUUGUGUAGCCAUUUAUUUUAAAAUAAAGUCUACCUUCCUGA